CUGUGAGGGGAAGGAGUUUCUGUUUCCCCGAGUCGGUUCUGGGCGGGAGAGGCUGGAGGGGCCGAGCCGGGAGAGCAUCUGCACGUCGUGUCGGAGCCGCUGGAGAGACUCCGGGUGGGUGGAAGCAGACAGCCCGCAUGGUCGAUUUCCAUCCAUUUGUUGAACAACUUCCAUUGUAUACCCUCACCAUGGCUGAAACAAAACCUGACUGGGCUGUUAGAACCAGCAGAGCAUCUGAAGACCAACCGGGUCCCUUCCACUACAUGUCCCUGAGGAUGCAGGAUGUGACUGGUGAUGGUGGUGUGUUGAAAGAAGUUUUGCGGCCUGGCUCGGGCAGUGUAAUUCCAUCUACCGCAUCGGUCUCUGUUCAUUACAGUGCCUACAGUGAAUACACAGACAAGCCCUUCGAUUCCAACGUGCAGAGGAAUUUACCAAAGUUCAUGAAGAUUGGUCAAGAUAUAACGCUGCCUGGUAUGGAACUAGCAAUACCGACCAUGAGGAAAGGAGAAUUUUCACGAUUUCUUUUCAAGCCAGAAUAUGCAUUCGGGAGGAUGGGCUGCCCCCCUCGGAUCCCACCAAAUGCCACUGUAAUGUUUGAAAUAGAUAUCCUGGAUUUUUUAGAUACAUCAGAGUCUAACGAAUACUUCUCUUUGUCACAGGCAGAGCAGGUUAACUACCCUCUGGACAAACUGCUGAAGGUUGUCAACACAGAGAGGGAAUUUGGGAAUUAUUUCUUCCACCAGAAACAAUACCAGGAUGCCAAGGACCAAUACAAGAAGGCCCUGUCCGUGUUUGCUCAGCACCAGCCGGUUAAUGAGGAUCAAAAGCAGCAGAUUGACUCCUCCAAGUUGUUGCUGUUCCUGAAUCUGUCCAUCGUGUGUCUGAAGCUGAAUGCUCCGAGCCGUGCACUAGUUUAUGGGGAAAGGGCCCUACAGAUCGAUAGCAAGCAUCCCAAAGCAUUGUUCAGGUGUGGGCAGGCCUGCCUGCUAACGUUGGAGUACGACAGAGCCAGAGAUUUCCUGAUUAAAGCACAGAAACUGGAGCCAUUCAACCCUGACAUCAACAGUGCCCUGGUGAAACUGAAUAGCUGUUAUCGAGAGUGGAACUUGAAGGAGAAGGAAAUCUGUGGCAGGAUGUUUGCUGCCUAGAAGCUUCUGAUAGUGAGAGACAAAGGGCUUCAGCAGACCUGAUGAUGCAGUGGAGGAAUGGAAUCUGUUUCGUACAGAGACAAUACUAAAUAUAAAACCUAAAAUGUUUCAAGUGGAAUGCGUUUUGAAAUAUGUUAAAAUUCUUGCUUAAAGUUGGUUAAAUGUUUCCCAUACAACAAGUAUGUUUCAGGAAGCGGCACUCUGCGGUUAUUGGGAACUAACUGGGACAAUGUACAAGUGUUGCUGCAAACAUCAAAUGUCCCGUGUGUAUUCUCCAUUUCGUUUGAAACCCAUGAGCUACUUGGUUGAAGUUGUAUGCUCCUUGAGUAAUCUGAUUUACAAGAAUAAGCUCUCAGUUAUUUGUCACUGUUUAGAUAUUAAGUAUGCAUGUGCCACUGGUGCAGUGGAUGUUUUCUUACACACUGGUGGAGAGGUAACAGUGAUCUCAAAGAAAUGAGUCAACUCAAAACUGACAGACAUUAUUCUGUGUAUGUGUUGUUCCCAAGAGUUCUGUUUA